AUGAAGGGGUCGAUCCUGCUCCUGUUUGCCUGCAUGGCGGCCCUGGCAGCGGCAGCAAGAGCUGACACAGGCGAGCAGCCCAAGGAGCUGGUGAGGAAGGUGCAGGAGUACACCCAGAAAGCCACCGCCAUGGUCAAGGAUGCCUUCAGCACCCUGCAGGAGUCGGAGGUGGCUCAGCAGGCCAGGCGUUGGUUGUCGGACAACGCGGAGCUGGCGAAGCAGCAGCUGGCAUGGCUGAAGCAGCAGCUGGCCGAGCUCUGGAAGCAGACGCCGGCUGCGUAG